AUGCAACCCCCUGAACAUACUCUACCCAACCCUUCCCCUAUUCUACCCUACCCUUCUCCUAUCCUACCCUACCCUUCUCCUAUUCUACCCAACCCUUCCCCUAUUGUACCCUACCCUUCUCCUAUCCUACCCUACCCUUCUCCUAUCCUACCCUACCCUUCUCCUAUCCUACCCAACCCUUCCCCUAUUGUACCCUACCCUUCUCCUAUCCUAACCUACCCUUCUCCCAUCCUACCCAACCCUUCUCCUAUCCUACCCAACCCUUCCCCUAUUCUACCCUACCCUUCUCCUAUCCUAACCAAACCUUCUCUUAUCCUACCCAACCCUUCCCCUAUUCUACCCUACCCUUCUCCUAUCCUAACCUACCCUUCUCCUAUCCUACCCAACCCUUCUCCAAUCCUACCCUACCCUUCUCCUAUCCUACCCUACCCUUCUCCUAUCUUUCUCUACUCUUCUCCUAUCCUACCCUACCCUUCUCCUAUCCUACCCUGCCCUUCUCCUUUCCUACCCUACCCUUCUCCUAUCCUGCCCUACCCUUCUCCUAUCCUACCCUUCUCCUACCCUACCCUGAACCAAUCCUACUCUUUUCCUUUCCUACCCUACCCUUGUCCUAUACUAACCUACCCUUAUCCUAUCCUACCCUACCUUCUCCGAUCCUAUCCUUUUUCUAUCCUACCCUACCCUCCUAUCCUCCCCAACCCUUCUCCUACCCUUCUCCUAUCCUACCCUUCUCCUAUCCUACUCUUCACCUAUCCUCCCCUUCUUCUAGCCUGCCCUACCCUUUUCCUAUCCUACGCUACUCUUCACCUAUCCUAG